CCCCGACACCCAAAUCAAUUCCCGUCCCGGAGCAGUCCCCGCCCCCACUUCGCGUUGCCUUGCAUCGCAAGGUUCGCCGCUGCCAACCCUGCUCACCCACUCCCACCCACGCACUGCCUCCGCCCACUCUUGUGCUGUCGCUGCCCUCUGCGGCGUUUGGUCGAACAGCUGGUGGGCGUGCUCCCGACGCGGCGGAUCUUGCCGCGGCCGGCGGGAUCCCCUGGUGUUCCUCGCGGUGGAUUCGAUGGCAGGCUGAGUAUUUCAUGCAGUACUUACGACGGCGAAAUCCAACUGAAGUGGAUAGAUUGCGACGGAUUCCCGCAUCCAUCAUUCGAGGGGAAGUAAAUCAUGGCGACAGGUCAAAUUUUCUCGAAAACUACCCAAGCGCUGUUCUAUAAUUAUAAGCAACUUCCUAUCCAGCGGAUGCUUGAUUUUGACUUCCUCUGUGGGAGAGAAACACCUUCUGUUGCUGGAAUCAUCAAUCCUGGUUCUGAUGGGUUCCAGAAACUUUUUUUUGGACAAGAAGAAAUUGCUAUUCCAGUUCAUCCUACAAUUGAAGCUGCUUGCAAUGCACACCCAACUGCGGAUGUGUUUAUCAACUUUGCAUCCUUCCGGAGUGCGGCUGCUUCUUCAAUGUCAGCUUUGAAGCAGCCAACUAUGCGAGUUGUAGCCAUUAUAGCAGAAGGAGUUCCUGAAUCAGAUGCAAAGCAGCUAAUUAGUUAUGCACGUGCUAACAACAAGGUCAUCAUUGGACCUGCAACAGUCGGAGGAGUUCAGGCUGGUGCUUUCAAGAUUGGUGAUACUGCUGGAACCAUUGACAACAUAAUUCAAUGCAAGUUGUACAGGCCCGGAUCAGUUGGUUUUGUGUCUAAAUCGGGUGGCAUGUCAAAUGAGCUGUACAACACCAUUGCAAGAGUGACUGAUGGUAUUUAUGAAGGAAUUGCAAUUGGAGGAGAUGUUUUCCCUGGCUCAACUCUUUCAGAUCACAUUCUGCGUUUUAAUAACAUACCUCAGGUUAAAAUGAUGGUUGUUCUUGGGGAGCUUGGAGGAAGUGACGAGUAUUCGCUCGUCGAGGCCUUGAAACAAGGAAAGGUUCAGAAACCUGUUGUUGCUUGGGUUAGUGGGACAUGUGCACGUCUAUUCAAAUCUGAGGUCCAGUUUGGCCAUGCUGGUGCGAAGAGCGGUGGUGAGUUGGAAUCCGCACAAGCUAAGAAUCAGGCACUGAGGGAUGCUGGGGCAGUUGUCCCUACUUCCUUUGAAGCUCUUGAAAGUGUGAUUAAGGAGACAUUCGAGAAGCUGGUUGAGGAAGGAAAUAUUCCUCCUGUCCCUGAGGUUACACCUCCCCCCAUACCUGAGGAUCUUAACACUGCCAUCAAAAGUGGGAAGGUCCGGGCUCCCACUCACAUUAUCUCCACUAUCUCUGAUGAUAGAGGUGAGGAACCUUGCUAUGCUGGUGUGCCCAUGUCUACAAUUAUUGAAAGGGGUUAUGGAGUUGGUGAUGUUAUUUCUCUUUUGUGGUUCAAGCGCAGCCUUCCUCGUUAUUGUACCCAAUUUAUUGAGAUAUGCGUCAUGCUUUGUGCUGAUCAUGGUCCUUGUGUAUCCGGUGCUCACAAUUCUAUAGUUACUGCUAGGGCAGGAAAGGACCUUGUUUCCAGCUUGGUAUCUGGAUUGUUGACAAUUGGCCCCCGAUUUGGUGGUGCAAUUGAUGACGCCGCUCGGUACUUCAAAGAUGCAUAUGAUAGGGGUCUUACGCCUUAUGAAUUUGUUGAGGGCAUGAAAAAGAAGGGAAUUCGUGUCCCUGGGAUUGGUCACAGGAUCAAAAGCAGAGACAACAGGGACAAGCGAGUGCAGCUUUUACAGAAAUAUGCUCACGCACACUUCCCUUCAGUCAAGUACAUGGAGUACGCUGUUCAGGUUGAGACCUACACCCUGUCAAAGGCCAACAAUUUGGUUAUGAAUGUUGACGGUGCCAUCGGCUCGCUUUUCUUGGAUCUUCUUUCUGGGAGUGGAAUGUUCAGCAAGCAAGAGAUUGACGAGAUUGUAGAGAUCGGGUAUCUUAAUGGACUCUUUGUGCUUGCACGUUCAAUUGGCCUAAUUGGGCACACCUUUGACCAGAAGAGGCUCAAGCAACCACUCUAUCGUCACCCUUGGGAGGAUGUCCUCUACACCAAAUGAGGCACCAUAUAGUGUAUUCCACCUGUGUGUACACCAUAAAAAUAAAAUCGAGCAUAACUGCAUAGAAUUCAAGAUGGAACUACGCAAGGAGGGAUAGAGAACCAUUACAGAUGGAAGUUUGUUUCAUUUUUUUCAUUCAACCAUGAAAGCAUUAGGGCAUCAGAUAUUUGAAAGGAUACUUGAUAGUUGUUUCAUCUUAUCAUAGUUGGCUGUUAAAUUUAGUUCAGACAUUUGGGGAAUAUUGUAAUGAUUAUGAUGCUAGUUCCCCAUCACAAAACUCUGAAUUAUCUAUUGUCAAUUUUAUGGUAAUAAAAUAUACAUGUGUUGCUGCUGGAUA